AUGUCACUUGAUAGAAAAGAUUUAAUUAAUGAGAUGUCUUUGGCUGACAUAGCAAAUGACCCUAGUCGAAUCUCUGACGCACAUAUUACCCAAGUAUCAGACUUUAUAGAUGGUAAUAAAUAUUAUUUAUUUUAUAUAUAUUUUGAUGCAUCAGAUUACAGGGAUUAUGAUGAAUUGUUUAGGAAGUAUAUUGACGAUUAUUCUAAGAAUGGUGUCAAUACCCCUAACUUGUAUCAUAAUGAAUUGUAUAUAAUUAGAGGAGUGCAUGAGUUAAUAAGUAUAUGGGAAAUAAAUGGCUACAUACAUAAUUUAUAG